UGGUGAGCUUUAGGUCCAAAGUUCAAGUCAGAACUUGAGAAAAGGUACUUUUGCUUGAUAAUAUUCUCAUAAAACUUAAAAUGCAGUAUUUCCCUCAUGACUACCAUCCCUUCCUUCCUUCCUUUGCUUUCAGCUAUGUAUAUUGAAAGUGGUCAAACCAACAUGACAAGAACUUGGCAAAAUGUCAAAAGCAAUGAGCAAAAGUCCAGUGGUCAGUGGCAAGAAUCAACAGAAGCUGUUGAGCUUGAAAAACUGAGUAUGACCUACAAGAAUGAGAGAAAUUUUAGCAAACAUCCCAAGCAUCAGCUGUUUCAAGAUAUCUUUACAAUUUUAGUUAAGGACAGACUUACCUGCAGGUCAACAGUGGUUAUUCUAGCUCUGUCCAUCCAUUUUCUUGGAGUAUUAAUCUGCCAAUUAUUGAUGAGGGAUCCAUGCUACCAGGAAAUGCUCCACAGCCUGGAUGGAAUUGAAAAUCUAGCCCGGUACAUGGAAACUGUAGCAAAUAGUUAUUUUAAUUAUAGAAGAGGAGAAGAGCAGCCUAAUGUAGCCAAGCUGGUCAACAUGAUAUAUGUUUUCCAAAAACUUGCUGCUGUCAAAAAUCAAAGAGAAUGGUUUAUAGAAAGUGGAGCACAUAAAACCUUAGUAAAUUUGUUAUCUGCCAGAGACAGCCAUGUGUUUUUUGGUGCCCUCCUUGCUCUGCUUACCAGAAAGGGAUGCAGGGAAAGACGUCUUGUAUCUGACUGCUCUUCAGUUGAGUUAUCUAGUGCAAAUGCAGCAGAGAGAAUCCAGUACCUUCAUUUGUCAGAUGCUGAGCUGAGUCCUGAUGUGAUACAAGAAAAUGCUUUCUCACAUCAAACAGCUUGUUGUGCUGCAAUUACUGAACUGGUGCUCAAUGAGACUAGUGCUUAGCAGGUGAUACAGGCAAAUGGAAUAUAUACAAUAGCAAAGCUGAUUUUACCAGUGAGGAAUGCUGAAAAAGCCAGUUUAUUACCAUGUUAUGCUUUCAGAGCACUGAGGUUUCUCUUCAGUAUGAAAAGAAAUCAACAUAUUUUUAAAAGGUAUGAGUAUGUAUUGAAGCAAAUUGCCAAAAGUAUUGAGAACAUGAAUCAAAACAAGGCACCCACAGAACAUGUAGGAAAUUAUGCAAUUUUAGAGCACCUUGGCAGUGGAGCUUUUGGAAGUGUAUUUGAGGUUAGAAAAUGUAAUGGGCAACAUCUCCUGGCAAUGAAAGAAGUCAAUUUACACAAUCCAGGAUUUGGAAAUGGCAAAAAUAGAGACACCAGUGUAAAGAAUAUUGUCUCUGAAUUAACCAUCAUCAAAGAGCAGCUUUAUCAUCCAAAUGUUGUAUGGUAUUACAGAGCCUUCUUGGAAAAUGACAGAUUGUACAUAGUCAUGAAGCUCACAGAGGGAUUGCCAUUGGGACAACACAUUCACUCUUUGAAGGAAAAGCAACAACAGUUUACAGAAGACAGACUAUGGCCUAUAUUUAUCCAACUUUUUCUAGCUCUUAAUUAUUUGCAUAAAGAGAACAGGAUUUGAGAUCUCACUCCAAACGAUGUCAUGUUGGGAGAUAAAGACAAAGUUACAAUUACUGCCUUGGGGCUUGCAAAGCAAAAGCAAGAAAACUGCAAACUUGCAUCAGUAGUGGGAACCAUCCUAUACUCAGGUGCUGAAGUUGUCAAGGGUGAGCGAUAUGCAGAGAAGGCUGAUGUCUGGGCUGCAGGAUGCAUCCUUUGUCAGAUGGCCACUCUGAACAGCACCAGUGUGCUCUCCUUGGCAACUAAGACAGUAGGGGCUGUGUAUGAAUGUGUGCCAGACAAACUGUACUCUGAAAAAGUGUCAUUUACCAUUAAGAGAUGCUUGACUCCUGAUGCAGGGGCACGUCCAGACUUAGUGGAGGUCAGCUCACUGCUGGCUGCUGUGAUGAUGAAAUGCCUGCAUGUUUCAGACACCUCUCAUCUCAUGUUGGAGAAGAAACUGGAUCAGGAGAGGAGACGAACUCAGCAGUAUUUCAUGGCUAAUUGAAAUGCAGUAACCUAUCACAAUCAGCUUUCCAUUUUAUCCAAGUAAGUACAUAAAAAUGAUGAGAAGUUGAGUCUGCAUAGUAGCAGCAGUGGAGCAGCCAGUUGCAAAAGUGAGUUUUCAGAAAAUACUGACCUUCCAGUUGAGAGUUGUCAGUCUGCACAUGGAAAAGAUGAGGAAAGAACAUAUAAAGCAAUCCUGCUAGCUAGGACUAUGGAGAAAGUUAUUUUCUCUGAAUUAGCCAAUGGCACAGACAUAGUGGACAAUUCAAGCGGCUCCAGUUUAAGUAAUUUGACACAGUCUGCAAUGGUAAUUAUAGAGAUUAUGUUAGUUCUGGAUCAAGACUGCGAUCAGAGUGCUUCCUCUUUUAUUUCUUCCUCUUUAAUGCCUAUUGAUCUGCUUUUGAGAGUACCUUCACUCACCCAGAGGUUCCACACUAAGAAAAUUGAGUGUUUGUUCAUGAUGAGAUGGCAGUUCCAUAGUCUACCAGCUGUAGCUCUUUGCAAUACAAAAUAGCAUGCUUCGGCAGGAAUUGCUGAAUCACAAAGGAAGGUGUGUCAGAUCAGUGACCCUGUUCAGAUUCUUAUUCAGCUGCACAAAAUUAUCUUCAUCACCCAACUUCCUCCAGCUUUGCAAUGCUUUCCUUUAAAAAGGAGAAACAUCAAGAGAUUCAAAAAGUCCGUCUUCAGUCAGCAGGGCAACCCUUGUAACCUGAAAUCAGAAAUAAAAAAUCUGCUGCAAGGUUCUCAUGAAUUGAUUGAACCCAAUAUCUUCACAGCAGAUUGCCAUGGGGUGCAUCUUUCUUCAGGUGGAAAUAUGUUGCUUCCAGUUGAUAGAAAAGGCAUUCUUGGCACUUCUGGCACGGCAGAAGGGACGACAUAUGAGCAGUUGCAGGCUCUAAUUGAAGAGGUUCUAGAGGAAAGUGGUUAUUACAGUUUCUCUUCUAACAGGAUCUCAUCAAUGAUGAUGGCUAGAGGAGGAAAUGCACAGAGUUACAUAGGUAGGUGUUUUGAUGUAGGGGUACAAGACAGAACAAAAGCUGUCCCAGGAUGUCAGUAUAGUACUAACAGGCACAACGUUCCUCUAAAUACUAUUGUUGUGUCCUUUGUUUAUGAAUACUCCCUUUUCACUAGCAGAACAUCAAUUUACUGAUAAGGGAAAGUCAAAUCUUCAUGUUCCUGACAUGGUACUUCAUAAAGAUAAUUUUUAGGUCUCAUCAUAGUAUCAACUCCAGUUUUGACAGCUAAUUUGAAAGAUUUUCCUUAGACAAAUCAUGGGAAAAUUAUGUAAAAAUAAGGAAUAACUGGUUUUCUUACUCUGACAUUGUAUCUGUAAACCCUCUCAAUCUUCUGAGUUUUCCAUGUUUUUGUGGAGUUCUACAGUUCUAGAAAUCUGCGCCAUGGAAGGAUCUGAAAGAUUUUUGUCUCUACAGCACUAAAUGAAGGCAUUGAAGAUAAGAAACUUUGGCUUACCCUGCUUACCCAUGUUAAAAACAUUCUAGUGUUGUUUUCUUUAUUACCUUGUGUGUUAUAGCAAGGAUUAGCCAGAAAAGUACUUUUUUUUUUUUUUUUUUUUUUUUUUUUUUUUUUUUUUUUCUCACAGGUAUGAAUUUCAUCCUUCACUUAACAAAUCUGUGCCGGUGUCAUAAUUUCCAAAAAAAACCCAGAGUAGUAGGUGUAUGCUUAACAGUAGCCUUAAUAGAGUACUGAACUAUCUGAAAUAUUGUCAGGUCAAGUCUAGACAUCAGAACAGAAAGUGAGUUUGUCUCAUCAUCUUGAAGUACUGCCUGGGCGAAGAACUGAUAAAUAAAAGCUGAUGAGAUAGAAGCUAGGAAAUAUGCACACAUAUAAUGCAAAGCCAAGAACAACAGGAGACAGAAUGCAGGAAUUCUAAGAAGGAGAUUAGUAUGUGCAGGAGGAGGAACCAUCUGUAGCUGGGACUGACCAAGAGAAGAGAGAAUGGUUGGCAGGUGGUAGGUGCAGGGGCAGGUGGCAGACACACAGAACAGGAGCCAGGCUCAAAAGCUCAGAACAAAGAGGAUACAGGGGGAAAUUAUUACAACCUUUUAAUACUUAAAAGGGGCUUAGAAGAGAGGGUUUUUUACCAGGGCCUGUAGCAAUCACAUAAGGGGCAACAGUUUUAAACUUAAAGCAGUAGAUUUAGAUUGGACAUAGGGAAGGCAUUUUCUAUGGUGACAAUAGUGAGACACUGGAACAGGUUGCCCAGAGAAGUUGCUCAGGGAUGCCCUAUACCUGGAAGUGUUUGAGGUCAGGUUGGAUGGGGUUUUGAUCAUCUUCCCUGCCCAUGGCAGGAGCAUUGUCCAACAUGAUCUGUAAAGGCCUUUUCCAGUCACAACCAUUCUGUGAUUCUAAUUUUUGUGCAGAUAUGGUGCCUCAUCAAGGGUUAUGUUAUCCACACAGCAGGCAAAGUGGAAGUUUGCUGUCAGCCUGUACUCCAUAUGUUUUGUUUUUCCUUAAGUGCAUUUGACCUUACAAUUUUAAUAGCAAUCUUUCUUUAAUAACAAUAACAAGCUUAGGGAUUUCCAUCUACCUUUGUUAUAGUGUGCAUGCAAAGCUAUAAACAAUUUUUUAUAUUUUUCAUUUCCUUAUUCCUGGAAUACUUUGAUAUCCUUGAGUACUCCAGUAAUCAAAAUAACGCUGC